CACAUCUGAGCAAGAUAAUAUACCCGUCACGUACAACUUCGAGCACACCACGCAACCUGAGCCCUGGACAUCUGCCAUCUACGAAACUCAAAGUCGUCGGCACCCUAGUCUGGCUCCUUCUGUUCUCUGUCCGGUCGGCGGACAUCAACACAGUAACGCGCAAAUGAUGCCGUCUAUUGCGCAAGCACCCCUAACCAACGGAGCUGAUCUGAUACACAAAGAGAAGGCCAUCGAUACCAACGCAUACGCUACUUCCUCUGGAUUUACUGCUGUAAACGGUCGGACUUCGGGCUCUCCGCCACGAUCAGCUCCUCAAACGAAUGGAUCCCACGGGACCUAUCACACAGCACGCUCAAACUCCCUACCAAACUCAGAGGGCGACGAAAGACCGGCAGUAAAAGGCUCAGAUACCACGCAAACCGCUUGGACUUUCACAAACGGGUUUGCCUCCCAUCGUGCGUCCCAGGCCACAAACGACACGGAAGACAACAGUUCAAGUACGCAUAAGCGCAAGCGGUCUGGUACAGACGACACCUCAUUCACCGGUGCCGCUGUAUCUUCUGAACAGGCCAGGCGCAAAGUCGAUGGUUACGAAUCUUCAAUCAGCCCGCGUUCACCACGUAGCACAAACAACCUGUCCAGCAUCCCACAUUCAGCUCCACACUCUGGAACGACUGGCUACGGUUCUGGUCCCUGGCUCGAUCGGGAGAGGCCAGAUACUUUGGCAUCAGAAUCUAGAAUGGCAGAGUCUCAAGAUCGAAUGCACUCACCCACGCAGAGAUCUGUCGACUACGAGAAUGGCGAUGAUUCAGUCACCCAGGACCACAAUGAGCCAAGCAGCACCACCGAACUCACCAGAGCUGGAGUGCAGGUCGAUCCGAAGAAGCGUAAACGGCAAUUUGCCAACCGAACAAAGACUGGAUGUCAAACCUGCAGAAGACGCAAGAAGAAGUGCGACGAAGCCAAACCAGAAUGCAGCAAUUGCAUUCGUGGUGGAUUUGUCUGCGAAGGCUACCACCAAUUGAAAUCACAAGGGCCGAGACCAAGCACGAGCCGCGGGCCGAUGCCCAUCCAGGCAAAGGACGAAUACAACCCUACGUCUGUGUUCAGACCACAUGUCCCUCGGGAGCAGCACGAAGCAACCUACAAUGAAGGGAACAGAGGUCGUCCAAUUGUCGUCGACGACAACAACAACAGCAACGCCGCAGCUCGACAGCCUUGGUCCUCGUGGCCUGAGCCGCAUUCUAGGUCGCAUACACAUCCGCCUCCCCCUGCCACUUAUGCUGAAGCUUCUCAUGAUCCACGAGCGACUACGAAACAAUACUAUGAUGCUCCCCCAUUGGCCCCACAACAACGACCACCUCCCAACCAGCAGUAUGGACAUCCACCCCCAUCCAUGCAUCAGUCUGCAAGCACAGUCGCACAGAUGGCACUUCAACACACAUCUUCCACAUCUCACUAUCAACCUCCCGCCCGUCAGCAACCGCCACCACCUCCUCCUCUGGAGUCCGAAAAGUCGAAGAUGCUAAAGGGUGAACCGUACCUGCUUUUUGCCCCACAAUUGGUUGACGAGCGAGAACAAUGCAAAUCAGCCCUGUGGCGCUUCAACAAUGCCCAGAAUCCGGCGAUGGGCGUGUCACGCGAAGAAAGAGUCCGGCAAUUCCGUGCCAUCAUGGACUCGCCCAACACCCGACGUGAGGAACAACCCCGUGGAUCCGUGGGCAAGGAUGUCCAGGUGGAAGCACCGUUCAAUUGUGAAUACGGCUACAACAUCCACAUUGCCGACAACGUUGUCAUUGGUUCAAAUUGCACAAUUCUGGAUCCCUGCCAGAUUACCAUCGGCGCAAGGUCGGUCAUUGGACCAAACGUGAACAUUUUGGGCAACACAGUAGCUGUCCAUCCAAGAGACCGUGCGGGCAGCAAAGGCACGGCCAUUGGAGUGGUUAUCAGAAUCGAAGAAGAUUGUUUCAUCGGCGCGAACGUCACGAUCGUGGCCCGGAAAGGUAAACCCAUUACUAUCGGGAAAGGGACCACUAUCGGAGCGGGGUCGGUAGUUUGCAAGACUUUCCCCAAGUACACAGUAGUGGCUGGAAACCCUGCUCAGGUCCUGCGUGGAGUCUGGGACCCUGAUGAGCGUGGUCGCCCCUAGACGAGAAGUAUGAGGCAUAGACACCCGUCUUGGAGCAUCCCAAAUAUCCGCGAUCAGUUCUCGAAGGAAUCAAGGCUCAGUCGAUCAUACAUACAGCUCUCGUCGUCACCGAUUUCGCGUUCAAAACU